GGUCAUAGGUUCCUUCCAAUAAUAUGACGCGAGACUGGAAUAAAAUAUAUCCAUGGACUGGCACUUUAUUAAAGAAGGCACAUGUUAACAGCACAAACACCAACAACUAAAAACAAAAUGGCUUCCUUUUACACCCUAAAAAAUUAUUCAGGGGCUUAGUAAAUAUCAUUAUAAUUCUAAGUUAGAUGACCUUGAUUAAAUCUUUGAAAAUCACAAAAGUGUUAUCUUGAGUUGAAAAUACUGAAAAGAAUGCUUAAAUUUUCAACACCAGUUUUUGAGUUGAACUGAGCUCUUUUGUUCAAGUUUAUUUAAAAGAAAAAAUUCCGUAUUUGAAACACAGGGUGCAUUAUUUAAAUCUACUCAAUAUAUCUCAUAGAAAGUACUCAAAAUAACUGAGACACUGGUAUUCAUACUUAUCAUUGUCUUGAACUUUAAUUAUUAAUGGUUCAAAAUCAAUAUAAUUUUGUCCCCCAAUACUAACUUAAAACUUUGAGUAAGACUAAUGACCUUUGGCAUGUACCGCGCGCGAGGAGCAUGCCCUCAUGGGAGAUUUUCUGCACGUUGAACGAGACAGACACACAUCCACUGCAGACUUGGUAACGUUUUCAGCACCAUCUUCACCACCAGGAGAAAAAAAUCUGCAUCAACUACAAAGUAAAGCAGGUCACAGGUGAUGAGAUGGCAGUGUAAACUCUGCAAACAUGAGGAGUCAUCAAAAGUGUCACUACUCAAACAUUAUCGAGUGAAACAUGGUCAGUGCAGAGUUUCAUAGGAUCACGACCCUGAACCUUGAACCAAAGUUCAUGUCAUCAUUGGACUUGUAUUCAUCCAAACUCCUGUCCUUGUUUCAAGCCAAGAAAGGUGCUGCUGGACAACGCCACAGGGCACAGUUAAACCUUCUGCUUCAGAGUGGAAAUUCCAUCGAGAAAAAACGAGAAGUCAUCAUCAGAUGUCUCAUUGACCAUCUGGGAGAGGAUCCAAGUGCCUUAAUCAAAACCUUUGAGGACGGUGCUGAUGCUGUCUUUGUUGAAGAGGCUUUGGCUGAGGAGGUGAUGAAGAUUUACCUGCUGCAGAAUCAAGACAGGUCAGGCGAACCUACUGAUGUGGGUAUUGUUAUUGAAGGCGUUACUGUUCUGGGCAAACUUGGGAAUCUGAGCAAAGCCUGUUGCUAUCUUUUGGGACUGUGCUAUGCUCUGGAUCUGAAACACCCCAAGAAUCUCAAAUGCACAUUUGAAGCAUUUCAAAAAGUGUUCAUGGAGCUGGAUCCAGGAAACCUUUCUGUCAAGGUUCAAAGACUGAAAAAUGACCUCUGUUCAUUGUAGACAAAAUUUCACAGGGCUGUUCUUAAAGUGUUAGACUUGUUAAGUGACAUGUAAUGCUCAUCAAAAGGUUCAGUUGCGGCAUUACAUUGUGUUGACAUUCCUGUUCAUAAAUAAUGUUUGUACCAUAAACUGUGUUUUUGUAUUAACUUUCCAGAUUCACAUUAAGGUGUAAAUGGGAGAGUAUCUUCUGUAUGGUGUUUUUUUUUUUUUUUUUUCUUAGCGCAAUCCUUUUUGAAACCUUUUUAUUUAAAUUAUGGAUGUUUUUUGGUCACUCUUUAGUUAUAAUCUGCCCAAUUUUUUUGGAAUCAAAAUAAGAUGUUCAAAAACUAUGUCACAGUGCAAAUGUUUUUUUGUUUUUUUUUCAGGAUUUAUAUUUUUUUGGGAUCUUAAUUUUAUUUUUGUCAUUUGACCUUUUCUGAAAAGGUAAAGCACUGCGUUCACUUGAGCCACUUUUAUUCUUUGUAUGGCAGGUACAUUUUUCUUGUUGUUAGCAUCAAUAUGCCAGUUUUACAGAGUUUUAUCAAGCAUGCCAAUUUGCAUGCAAUUUUAUUAUAUAAGGCUGUUGUGACUGAAAUUUUAUCCAAGUUUUAUCCACUGAAUGUAGAACAGAUUUCAGCUCACUGUGUUCAGAGAAGGAAUCUGCUAAAUGUGUGAUUCACAAAAAAGCUGGUUAAAAUAAAUCAUUGUGAACAAUGUUGAA